GCCCGGAAGCCUCAGGGCGGGCGAGAGCCAGUGGGGCCGUCCGCCUGCUGCCGUGUGCGUAAGUGGGGCAGCGACGCCGGGCGGCUACGCUGCGGAAUCGGCGUAGGUGGCGUUGGAGAAUCCGCCGGCUGCGCCGCGCCGGGGCUGGUCGCGGAGGGGGAGGGGAUGUCGGUCAGUGCGAGAUCCGCUGCUGCCGAGGAGAGGAGCGUCAACUGCAGCACCAUGGUAGCUCAACCGAAGAACCUUGAGGGCUAUGUGGGCUUUGCCAACCUCCCAAAUCAAGUGUACAGGAAAUCCGUGAAAAGAGGAUUUGAAUUUACUCUUAUGGUAGUAGGUGAAUCUGGUCUGGGGAAGUCAACAUUAAUCAACUCACUGUUCCUCACAGAUUUGUAUUCUCCAGAGUAUCCAGGCCCUUCUCAUAGAAUCAAAAAGACUGUACAGGUGGAGCAAUCCAAAGUUUUAAUCAAAGAAGGUGGUGUUCAGUUGCUGCUGACGAUAGUUGAUACUCCAGGGUUCGGAGAUGCAGUGGAUAAUAGUAAUUGCUGGCAGCCUGUUAUCGACUACAUUGAUAGUAAAUUUGAAGAUUACUUAAAUGCAGAAUCUCGAGUGAACAGACGUCAGAUGCCUGAUAACAGGGUGCAGUGUUGUUUAUACUUCAUUGCUCCUUCAGGACAUGGACUUAAACCAUUGGAUAUUGAGUUUAUGAAACGUUUGCAUGAAAAAGUGAACAUCAUCCCAUUAAUUGCCAAAGCAGACACACUUACACCAGAGGAAUGCCAACAGUUUAAAAAGCAGAUAAUGAAAGAAAUCCAAGAACAUAAAAUUAAAAUAUAUGAAUUUCCAGAAACGGAUGAUGAAGAAGAGAAUAAGCUGGUUAAGAAGAUAAAGGAUCGUUUACCUCUUGCUGUGGUAGGUAGUAAUACUAUCAUUGAAGUUAAUGGCAAAAGAGUCAGAGGAAGACAAUAUCCUUGGGGUGUGGCUGAAGUUGAAAAUGGUGAACAUUGUGACUUUACAAUUCUAAGAAAUAUGUUAAUAAGAACACACAUGCAGGACUUGAAAGAUGUUACCAAUAACGUACACUAUGAGAACUACAGAAGCAGAAAGCUAGCAGCAGUGACUUACAAUGGAGUGGAUAACAACAAGAACAAAGGGCAGCUUACCAAGAGUCCUCUGGCACAGAUGGAAGAAGAAAGAAGGGAACAUGUAGCCAAAAUGAAGAAGAUGGAGAUGGAGAUGGAACAGGUGUUUGAGAUGAAGGUCAAAGAAAAAGUUCAAAAACUGAAGGACUCUGAAGCAGAGCUCCAGCGGCGCCAUGAGCAAAUGAAAAAGAAUUUAGAAGCACAGCACAAAGAAUUAGAGGAAAAACGUCGUCAACCUCCAGGUUCCAUGUUGCCCUGGAGGCCAUGCUGGUAUCUGUGGCCUGUGCUAUCACUGAAGACCAUGUUGGUGUUCAUGGUCCAUGUUGCUGCUGGAGGCUAUGUUGAUAUGUAUAGCCUUGUGCUGCUGCUGAGGGCCAUGUUGGUGUCUGUGGUCCUGCUGAGGCUGGGGGCUGUUUAG